UCACUGGUAAUAUCAGAGGAAUAACAAAGUAAAUAAAUUCCGAGCUAAAGAAAAAGGUAAGAAAUUAUUAAAAAAAUUCAUUGAUUUUGUCUUAUAUAUCAAGGGUGGUGUCUCAGCAGUACUGUUGAGGUGCUGGUUACAAAAGCAAAGAAAAGUUCGAAAGAUUACCAUUUUUCUGGUGUGUAUAUAAGGAGCAAAAACCAGGCACUUGCAAGUUCUUUUUAGAAUUUUGGUAAAAUGGCGGGAGGUAUGGCAAUUCAAACGGAUACGAAGGAUUAUGGUGGGAAGAUCACCAUGUUUGUGCUCAUGACUUGCCUGGUGGCCGCAACUGGAGGUCUCAUCUUCGGUUAUGACUUGGGGAUUUCAGGAGGAGUAACGUCCAUGGAUGUGUUUCUGAAGAAGUUCUUUCCUUCGGUGUACAAAAAAAUGCAAGAUGAUACCGGAAAAACAAAUCAGUACUGCAAAUUCGAUAGUCAGGUGUUAACAAGCUUCACCUCUUCUCUGUAUAUUGCGGCUUUGGUUGCUUCAUUUUGUGCCUCCGUAACAACAAGAAUCUUCGGGAGAAAAGUUUCAAUGGUUGUAGGAGGAGUAAUAUUUUUAAUUGGUUCGGUCCUCAAUGGUGCUGCUGAGAAUGUAGCGAUGCUCAUUCUAGGAAGAAUAUUACUUGGUGUAGGUGUAGGGUACGCCAACCAGUCCGUACCAGUUUAUCUGUCCGAGAUGGCACCAGCAAAAUUAAGAGGUGCACUCAACAUGGGAUUUCAGUUGGCCAUCACAAUUGGAAUAUUGGUGGCGAAUCUUGUUAACUACGGCACAGCCAAGAUCAAGGGUGGAUAUGGAUGGAGAGUUUCUUUGGCUCUAGCGGCUGUACCAGCAAUCGUAAUGACCGUUGGUGCCGUUUUCCUUCCGGACACUCCAAACUCACUCCUCGAAAGAGGUCACCAAGAGAAAGCCAAAAGAAUGUUGCAGAAGAUCCGUGGAAAUGAAGAAGUCGAAGAAGAAUUUCAAGACCUUAUCGAGGCGAGUGAAGCAGCAAAGAAGAUUGAACAUCCUUGGAGAAACAUCUUACAACCAAGAUACAGGCCUCAACUUACCAUGUCCAUUUUGAUUCCGUUCUUCCAACAGUUCACUGGUAUCAAUGUCAUCAUGUUUUACGCACCAGUCCUCUUUAAGACUAUUGGCUUCGGCGAUGAUGCAUCCCUUAUGUCUGCUGUUAUCAGUGGACUCGUCAACAUGUUUGCCACUUUUGUUUCUAUCAGCACAGUCGACAGAGUUGGAAGAAGAAUGUUGUUCCUCGAAGGUGGAAUCCAGAUGCUCAUUUCCCAGAUCCUAGUAGGAGUCAUUCUGGGCAUGAAAUUUGGAGUAGAAGGUGUUGGAUCCAUGUCAAAAUCGAGUUCAUAUCUAGUAUUGUUCUUAAUCUGUGCCUAUGUUGCGGCAUUUGCAUGGUCAUGGGGACCCUUGGGUUGGUUAGUUCCAAGUGAGAUCUUCCCUCUAGAGAUCAGAUCAGCAGGACAAGCUAUCAACGUAUCAGUUAACAUGUUGUGUACAUUUGUCAUUGCCCAGUUAUUCCUCACCGCGCUUUGUCAUAUGAAGUUUGGUCUAUUCUUCUUCUUUGCCGGCUUCGUCUUGAUAAUGACUUUGUUCAUUUUCUUCUUCCUGCCUGAGACAAAGAACGUACCAAUUGAAGAAAUGAAUAACAUAUGGAAGAAGCAUUGGUUCUGGGGUAAAUACAUCCCGGAUGACGCUGUCAUUGGAGUCCACCAUACAUCCAUGAAGGUUUCCAAUUACUGAUCACACCGUUGCGUUGUCUUUGUACGUGUUGUAGUUAUCCCAACUGCUGCAAGCAAUGGAUAUAGAUAGUGCUGUAAAAGUUGAAAAGAGAGGGGGGAAAAAGGUGAAUAAAAGAUGUGCGCUGGAAAGGAAUAUGAAAACUGUGAGCGUUCAUGGCUACCAUGUCAGGCCGACCUCAUGAGAUGUACUAUCUGUUGUAUUUUUUUCUUUUCAUAAACUGAGACGGAUAACGUCUCAAACUCGAAUGUUUUCAUAGACUUCGUUAUUGAAUAGAUUUUCAAAAGAAUUUUUGCAAAAAGGCACGUCCCAUUGUAUUUGGGGCAUUUGUGUUAUGGGCUCUGCGACUGGGCCAUAUGUGUAUGAUCGUGAUGCC